UGUAGUAAUCGACUCACCGUCGUCGUCGGCAUGACUGGUUCACUAGAGGUCCGAAAGCGAGCUGACGAGACCACGCAACGAAUUCCGAAAUGACUCGAGCCGGAGUUCAGCCCAACUAUCAUAUUCUUCUGUAUAAAUUGGCCGGUCGCAGCACGAGGCAGUAGACACAGUACAUCGUUCUGAAGGCUCCAGGAAACCCUCUGGAAACCCCACUGAACACGGCCAUCGCGCAGCGUCUCCAGCCAUGACUUUCCAGCUCCUCCCCCUUGAGGAAUCCGACGUGCCCAACAUGAUGAACCUCAUCUGGGAAGCGCACAACGGCGAGGAGCGAUUCAAAGUCCUCUAUACCAACGGCCGCACGCCCGAAAUCCGCGCGCACCAAAUCAAGCAAAUCCUCGACGAGUGGCGCGAGCACCCGGAGCGCCACAAGUACAUGAAAGUCAUCGACACCGCGCUCCCGGAUGACGACCCGCUCGGCAAGCUCGUCGGCACGUCGCACUGGGAUUUCCGCGCGCACGAGCGCACCGCCGCCGACCUCGCGGAGCAGGAGAAGAAGCGCGCCAACCCCGCGCCCCCGCCGCCGGGAGUCAACGUCGAAGCGGGCAAGGCCGUCCGCAAAAGCAUCAACGACGCCAGAGAGAUGCUGGCGGGCAGUAAGGCGCACGUGUACCUUGUCGGCUUGAGCACGCGGCCGAGCUAUCAUCGCAAAGGCGUCGGCAGUCUGCACUUGCGCUGGGGCCUUGGGGAAGCGGAUCGGCUUGGGCUGCCGAGUUAUUUGUCCGCGACGCACAUGGGCGUGCCGCUGUACAAGAAGCAUGGCUUUGAGACUGUUGCGCCGUUCAAGCUGGAUCCGGAGAUGUUUGGCGAGGAUUCGCCGUUGAAUGGGGAGUGCAUGUACAGACCUGCGCGGCCUGCAACGGCGACGUAGAGGCACGCGCUUCAUGUGAAGGCGUCAGGUCUUGGAGAGCCCGUGCAGGAGCUGAAUUGAGGUGAAUGCCUUUAUGCGCAUAAAUGGGAAGGUUAGAUG